AAUAUGAAUGCUGUUUGUUUACUUUCCUUACUGUGACUUCUUGUGGUUAUAGAGUAAAAAUUUUAAUAUCCUUUAGGGAACCCAGACAGUAAGGAGUGCAUGAGGGAGUGGAGUUUUAAGGACUACACUACUCUGCUCUGAAGGGAAGGCUGCAGGAGUGGCGGAGCUUGCUAGGGCCAGGCUGAGUACUCGUGGUGGGGAGUGGAGGCAGUGACAAUCUGACACACACGCAUACGCACACACACAAGCCGCCACCAUGGGGAAGCGACAGCACCAGAAGGAUAAAAUGUAUCUGACCAGCACUGAGUGGUCGACGCUGUACGGCGGGUACAAGGCCUCCUCCCACACCGGGGCCAAGGCUCAGUUCCGGCGGCUGCCCCUCACCCACUGUGUCCUCUCCCUGCAGCCCUUCAAGCACCCCUACAUUGACCCCCUGGGCAAUGUGUAUGACCUGGAGGCCAUCCUGCCCUUCCUCAAGAAAUUCAAAGUGAACCCCGUCACUGGCAAGCCACUGAGUGAGAAGCAGCUGAUCAAAGUGACCUUCCACCGCGCUGCCACAGGGGAGUACCACUGCCCAGUACUCUUCAAGCCCUUCACCAACACCACACACAUCGUCGUUAAUAAGAUCUCCGGCAAUGUGUUCUCCUAUGAGGCAGUAGACCAGCUCAACAUUAAGGUCAACAACUGGCGUGAUCUGCUCACAGAUGAACCCUUCAACCGUGCUGACUUGGUGGUCAUCCAGUGCACUGAUGACCUCUCCAAGUUCAAUAUCAGCCAAUUCCACCAUGUCAAGCACAACCUCAAGAUUGAAGAUGAGGAGACAGUGAAGGCACGGACUGAUGCCUCCAUGCGACUCAAGAGUGUUUCUCAGGACACACAACAGAUCCUGGAGGAAUUUAACCGCACCUACAAAGAAGAGGAAAAGGAGGACGAGCCAGGAGAGAGGGUAGCUGACAGGUUCAAUGCGGCACACUACUCACAAGGGAAGGUGUCAGCCAGCUUCACCUCUACUUCAGUGGACGUGGAGACAACCCAGGUGGCGGCAGUGCUGGAGGACGAUGUGGUGAGGUACCAGCGUGUCAAAAAGAAAGGCUAUGUGUCCCUCAAGACCAGCCAGGGCACACUGAACCUGGAGGUGUAUUGUGACACGGUGCAGAAAGCCUCAGAGAACUUCAUCCGCCUGUGUGACCGAGGAUACUACAACGGCACCAAGUUUCACCGUUCCAUCCGGCACUUCAUGAUCCAGGGAGGAGAUCCUGAAGGCACUGGGAAUGGGGGAGAAUCCAUCUGGGGAAAGCCAUUUAAAGACGAAUUCCGCCCGAACUUAUCCCACAAGGGGCGAGGAGUGCUGUCCAUGGCCAACUCAGGACCAAACACCAACAAGAGUCAGUUUUUCAUCACAUAUCGGUCGUGCCCUCACCUGGACAUCAAGCACACCAUCUUUGGGCGGGUGGUGGGCGGCCUGACCACCCUCUCUGCCAUGGAAGCAAUCGAGACAGACAACAAGGACUGCCCCAUUGAGGACAUCAGGAUAGAGGAGGCUGUUGUGUUUGUGGACCCUUUCAAGGAAGCUGACAAACAGCUGGAGGAGGAGAGGCGUGUAGAGGCUGAGAAGAGAAAGGCUGAGCAAGAGGAACUGAAGAACCAAAAGAGACCCAAACUCAAGGAUGACGGAAAACCUAAAGUGUUCCGUUCAGGAGUGGGAAAGUUCCUGGACCUGGCUUCUUCCUCUGUGACAAAGGAAGAACUUACCACACAACAACAGAAGAAAAAGAAAUCAGAUGGAACAUACAACUUUAGUGACUUCAGCAUUUUUUGAGACAAAGUGGUUGGUCAUCACUUACCUAAGCAACAAAAUGACAUCCCAUUCCAUCCCAGCCAAGUUCAAUGGUUGCUUUGCACACCUUCAAGCCAGUGGAUGGUCAGUAAGGAGUGGCCAGCAGCCAGCUAGUGGGUGGUGACAACAAAGUACUUCAUGAUGUCAGCUGAGAGCAGAGCACCUGGUGGACAACAGUUAAAGACUGCAAGUAACCUUAUUUAAAGGUUGAUCAUUUGGUUGAGUCUUGCAGGGGUUAAGAAAAUAUUAGAUAAAUAAUCACAUUUUGUAUUGUGCUAAUCCUGACACUGGUCUACAGUCUACAGUAACAUGUUAAAUUAUAAAAAAAAUUUCUAUGUCCUACGUUACGUCAAAAUGGCACAGGGUGCCAUUAUCAUAUAUGACACGUAGCUUUAUGCUCCGUGGUUCAGACAAAAGCCACAAUCAACUUGAUUGGGAAAAUAUUCUAGGCCUUUUUAUGUCAAAAUUUGUACAGGUUUUUACCAACAUCUCUGCUACUGUAAAAAAUGCCUUUUUUACAAGAAUAAUCAACAUCAGCUGCUUCAAAGAGUUUUGAACACAAGUUUUGUUUGGAAUAAAUAACAUAUUCCUUUAGUACGAAAAUUGAGAUAUAGAAAGAAUACCCAGAAGAAAGAAAAGGUGGAAAAAUUGUUAUUCUGAGUGUCAGCCCUGACUCCGCAUCACUAGGGCUGAGGGCAGAGACAGAGGCCAGCCUGCAUUACAUUCUCCAUGUGAAGAGUGAGAACAAGAAGUUUUUGUUAACAUUGUGAAAUGCCAGGUGUAAAAGCAAUAUAAACUUUUCAUGUAACAUUAAUGUGAUUGUACAAAUCUUCAAGUUCCUUAUUGGAAACAUAAUUAAAUAAGAUCUAGACAGAGUACUUCUCAGGUGAGCCAGUGAGAGUGUAACAUUAGCCAUCACUGACAAACACUGGGCUGGGAUGAGGCUGCCGUGUCCCAGUGACCUGCAGUGCCUCGGGAGACGACCAAGCCGCAGAUCAAGAAAUGUUUUAGGAGGAGGAUAAAACUACAUUUUCGGUAAUAUUAAUAGUGAUUAUAGUUUUUUACAAAAUCUAUAAUACCAUUUCUAAUGAUUCAGUAAUCAAAUAAUUCUAAAAAGAUUUACAAAAAAAUUCCUGAAGUUACACACCAUGAAAAAGUUGCUGUAACAGCAUCAAUAAUAUAUAAUGGCCGGGGACCAACUACUAUCCUUGUGUGGUGACAAUGAACCAAGAACACAGACAGCAGCCAAAAAUAUAUAAAGAAGCCCUCAUGCCUUAGUAGUUGGUCCCCAGUUUGUACUUCUGGUGUGAUACAUUAAUGACUACACAAAGAAGUAUAAGAAAGGAAGAGUAUUAUGGUGGGUGCAAAGAUGAGGUUCAUUUUUUUUUUUUUAGUAAACUGCAAAUAUUUUUGUGAAUGUCAACAAGAAACUAUACUACAGUUGAUGAGAUGAGUGUAUGUUGCUAGCCUUACAUAACUUGACAGCACAUUUGACAAAAGGUAAAAUUUCCAGAUGAGUGUUCUAUGUAAAAAGAGAUUUUGUAUAAAUAUCUAAAUAGAA